AUGGUGACGACUGUGCUGUUGGCUGUCUUUGUAGCCGUCGUCCUCGCCGCGGUGGUGUACCGCCACAUCCUGCCGCUGCUCCGCAACCCCAGUCACAUCACCAGGUACGGCGCGGUGUUCAAGUCGCACCUGUUCGGCGCGCCGACGGUGGUGUCGUGCGACGAGGAGCUCAACCACUUCGUGCUGCAGAACGAGGAGCGGCUGUUCCAGUGCAGCUACCCGGGCCCGAUCCGCGGCAUCCUGGGCGGGUCCUCCCUCCUGGUGGUCACGGGCGAGCGCCACCGCCGGAUCCGCGGCAUGGCGCUGGCCUUCGUCGCCUCCACGGGGCUGCGGCCCGCCUACCUCGCCGACGUCGACCGGGCCGCGCGCGCCGUCGUCGCGUCCUGGCGCGGCCGCUGCGCCGCUGCCUUCUGCGACGAGGCAAAACAGUUUGCAUUCGGCACCAUCGUGGAGCAGGUGGUGGGCUUGUCCCCGGAGGCGCCGCUCAUCCGCAGGCUCCUCGAGCACUACUCCACCUUCAUGAAGGGGCUCGUCUCUCUCCCUCUCAACAUCCCAGGGACACCGUAUGCCAGAGCUGUAGAGGCGAGGAGGAAGAUAUCUCUCACUUUGGAAGAGAUUAUGGACGAGAGGUGGAAGGGCGAUGAUGGGUCAUUUAGGAAGUCUGCUUUCAUAGACGGGCUCAUUGCAAAUAGCGAGCUGUCCCACGAUGACAAGGUCACCUUCGUGCUGGACUCGCUUUUAGCAGGCUACGAGACCACCUCCGUCUUGCUGUCCAUGCUCGUGUAUUUCGUCGGGCAAUCUCCCCAGUGUCUGGAGCAACUGAAGGUAGAGCAUGAGAACAUAAGGUCCAGCAAGGCAACAGAUGAGUUCUUGACCGCUGAGGACUACAGGAAGAUGGAAUAUACCCAACGUAUAUAUCUCCUGAAGUAA